AUGUCACGCCAAAAUCGAGUGUGGUCUCGGAGAGAAAUCGAGGGAUUGAUAGCUGAUGGGCGAAAGAUCAUCAUAUUGGGUGAUCAGGUACUCAAGGCCGACGCGUGGCUUCCAUAUCACCCAGGCGGGGAUAAAUCAAUAUUGCACAUGGUUGGUCGGGAUGCAACGGACGAAAUAACAGCAUUGCACUCAAAGGAAGCUAAGGCACAUAUGCAGAAGUAUGUGAUAGGAAGAGUACACGGAAGAUGGGAGAACUUCUUGCCUCCGAUACAGGGAGGAACAUUCCGAACGCUGGUAUCGAAGGACGCCGACGACGAAUAUGUCAGCUCAUCUGGAGAAUCGACGCCACCAUCCCCAGUCUUUGAUACCGAAGAGACAGGAGACGGAGUUCGUCUGAGGCGUGCCGGCAACGAUACGCCUAUUUCUCGAGCUUCCUCCUUAUUCUCAUCCGAGCCGGAGCUGGAGCAAUUCAGAUCGGCGGAAGCAUCAACAGCCCACGCGAUAUCAUCAGACCUUUCAAAAUAUCCUCGUCUUGAUAAGAGGUCACAAGACGAGGUCGCCUCCAAGUACCGCCAGCUCGAUGAAAGAUUGCAAUCCGAAGGACUCUACGAGUGCCCGUAUAGCUCCUACGCGGUCGAAUUUGUCCGAUACGCGAUUCUUUUCCUUCUCUUCUUGACCUUUCUUCACUAUUCCUACUACGCUCUUUCGGGCUUUUUCCUCGGGUUACUCUGGCACCUGCUGGCAUUCACCGUUCACGACGCCGGGCACCUCAGCAUAACCCAUGUAUUCCACAUCGACAGCUGCAUCGGGAUUUUCGUUGCCGAUUUCCUUGGUGGACUUUCAGUUGGCUGGUGGAAGCGGAAUCACAACGUGCAUCACAUCGCAACCAACUCGCCCGAGCACGAUCCCGACAUCCAGCACAUGCCAUUUUUCGCCAUCUCUUCUCGAUUCUUUACUUCCCUGCGCUCGAGCUACUACGACCGCGAGAUGAAGCUCGACGCUGCAGCCCGGUUUUUCAUCAAGUACCAGCAUUACCUCUACUAUCCCAUCCUGUUAUGGGGUCGUUUCAACCUGUACCGCCUAGCAUGGUCAUACCUCCUCGAUCCGGCGCAAGCGCCCCGUAAAGGCGCCGCAUGGUGGCAUCGCUACCUGGAAAUGGCCGGCCAGGUGUUUUUCUGGUACUGGUACGGCUACCGGACGCUAUACCUCUCGAUCCCGACGUGGUCGUCCCGCCUCACGUUUCUGCUCAUCUCGCAUAUGGUCACCGCCCCGUUGCACGUCCAACUCACGCUCAGCCACUUUGCCAUGUCGAGCGCCGAUCUGGGCGUCCACGAGUCGUUUGCUCAGAAGAUGGUGCGGACGACGAUGGACGUCGAGUGCCCGCCCUGGUUGGACUUUGUGCAUGGCGGUCUCAAUUUCCAGGUCGUGCACCAUUUGUUCCCUCGCCUCCCGAGACAUAACUUGCGCCGGGCGCAGCCGUACGUGAAGGAGUUCUGCCACGACGUUGGCAUUCCGUACGUAAUCUUUGGGUUUACGCGGGGGAACAAGGAAGUCAUUAGCAGACUGGGCGAGGUCGCCGAACAAUUGAGGGUGUUGGAGGAAUGCAGAAAAGUUGCUGCGAAGGAUUUGAUCGAGGGUCACCACAGUCAUUGA